CCAUCUCGCCCACGACUAAUCUACUUCACCUCCGAGCGACGCCUGAGACUCCCGCCGAAGACUGCAUUGUUCUUCACGCCCACCCUCAGCCUCCCCGCCGGCAGGAACCUCCCUACAGGCUACGGAGCUUCGAUGACCAUCUCGAUCCCUUUCGAGAUUAACUUCGAUGACCUCGGUUUGACCUCUGAAGAGAAUCCUUGGGGAUUCAGGUCGUUCAGGAAGAAGAGGGAUGCUUCCGCCCCUCUCUCGGGCAUCAACUGGGCAGGAGGCGACAGGGAAAUGCUGUACCAGGUCAUGGAAGACACUUUGUCCAACAUGGGCAUGAACGGAAGCGCCUGCCUCCUGAGGGCCACGUGCGAGAUGUUUCAGUUUCCCUUCGAGAAGCAUGGCUUCUUCGGGGAGCUUCUCGAGCUCUUUUUCAGCGCCAGCCGGUCCCCCCCCCCAAAAAAAGCGCCCUCCCCGGAGCCCCGCGGGGCGGAGAGGGGCGGGCGCGCGCGGGAGGACUGUUCGAGUACCAACCCCCACUCCCCCUCUCCCUCUUCACAAACCCCCCGGCCAGACAUGGGGAUCAACAUCAACCCAAAAGAGCAAGUUUUUACGGGGAAACAAGCAGUGUCAUGA